AUGGCCAAAAGAAGGACAAAGAAGAGAACUCAUAAGAAAGUCUCAGAAGAAGAAUUAGCCAAGAUCCCUCGAUCAAUGGUCCUUCAUCUUGGUUCAUCAUUAAAGAAUCAUUCAUUAUCACAAUUAGUCCGUGAUUUCAGAAAUGUAAUGCAACCACAUACAGCCAUCAACUUAAGAGAAAGGAAAUCAAACAGACUUAAAGAUUUCAUAGUCAUGGCUGGUCCUCUUGGAGUAUCUGAUUUAUUUAUAUUCAAUCAAUCUGAAUCAACUGGUAAUUUAUCAUUAAGAAUGGGGAAAAUGCCUCAUGGUCCAACAUUACAAUUCAAAAUCAAUUCAUAUUCUUUAGCUAAAGAUGUUAGAAAGAUUUUAAAACAUCCAAAAUCAGUUGGUAAAGAUUCAAAAGAAUUCUUAGCUCCUCCUUUGUUGGUACUUAAUGGAUUUUCAAAUAAGAUAAAUGAAGUUGAACAACAUGAAAAAUUAUUAAUUACUAUGUUUCAAAAUAUGUUCCCACCAAUUCAACCUCAACUGACUAAAGUCUCCGGAAUCAAGAGAGUUCUUAUGAUUAAUAAAGAUCCAGAAACUCAAGAAAUUGAAUUAAGACAUUAUGCAAUUAAUACUAAAUUAGUUGAUGAAAAUAGAAAUGUUAAGAAAUUAAUUAAUUCUCAUCAUAACUUAAAGAAGAAAUUACCAAAUUUAUCUAAGAAUAUGGAUGUAUCUGAUUUAUUAUUAGAUCCUUAUUCAGUUGGUGGUCUUACUUCGGAUUCAGAAGUUGAAGAUGAUGCAAUUGUAGAAAUUAAACAAGAAGACGAAGCAACAAAUGUAUUAAAGAAGAAGUCACAACCAAAACCUACAACUAAAGAAGAUUCUGGUUCAACUACCAAAAAGAGAGCUAUUAAAUUAACAGAAUUAGGUCCAAGGAUUAGUAUGUCGUUAAUGAAGAUUGAAGAAGGAUUAACUGGAUCUUCAAAGACCUUGUAUCAUGCAGUUAUAACUAAAUCACAACUUGAGGAACAACAAUUAGCCAAGAAACAUGCUCAAAGAGCUAAGUUAAAGGCAGAAAGAAGAGCUAAACAACAAGCUGCAGUCGAAGCCAAAUUAGCUGUCAAGGAAGAAAAGAAAGCAAGAAGAAAGGCAAGAAAAGAAGGGAAGGAAGGGGAAGGACAACCUGAAUCUGAAAAUGAUGAUGAACCAAUGUCAGAAGAUGAAGGAUCUUCAGAUAGUGAUGCUCCACAAAUUAAUGCUGAAGAUUAUGAAAAUGAUAGUGAUUUGUAUAGUGAUGUAGAAGUUUAA